AUUCUAUAACAUUUUAAGCAAGACAAUAGUUCAUUUAACUAAAAACUAUUUUCGAGAAUUUCAAAAAUGCAAAAUGAAACUCAAAUACUAAUUUUGGCAUUACUUCUGAUCCUGGCAAAUAUAACUAAUACAACGGAUACAUUUUUUGAUUUGGACAACUUUAGUAUAAAAUUAUAUUAUGAAUUGGCCAGUUCGAAACCUCAAAACAAUCAAGUACUAUCAACAUUAUCCAUAGCAUCUUUUUUAGUUUUAUUACGACAAAGUGCUGAGACCACAACUGCUUACGAAAUCAAUGAAAAUUUAGGAUUUUUAUCACAAGCUGCUGAAUAUAUUCAAAGUAAACUGGCAGUUUUCGAAAAAACCAUGGACAACAGUCUAUUUAUGUAUAACGCAAAUAAUAUCUCAAUGCAGGCGGCCAACUUACAAAUUGAGGAACUUAUUCUAAAUCAGAAAGAUCUUCUUAAAGCCGUUUUCGAUAUAAAUAUCUGUCAAAAAUGUGAAAAACUUGCUUUUGAACAUCAUGAAAUUAGAUUAGAAUUUUCUUCAGCCUUUCAAUUUAAAGGCAAUUUUCGUCAUCAAUUCUCAGGAGUGGAGAGCAAACCCUUCUAUGUUAGUGAAAAUAAGAAAAUUGAUCUGGAUAUGUUAAUUCUUGCAGCAAAAAUUCGUUUUGCCGAUAUUCCCGAAUUGGAAGCUUAUGCCUUUGAAAUUCCCCUAUAUGAUCGUUUAAAUUUCUUAGUAAUUUUAAUAUCUAAAAUGAAAGGUGGUAUACGGGAUUUGGAAAAUCAUUUGCACAAAUUUCCCUAUAAAAAACUUCAGUCUUAUAUGAAACCACAUUGGAUUAAGUUAUACUUUCCAAAAGUAGAUUUUUUCGUAGAAACAUCAUUAAGAGAUGAAUUGGAAAAUUUGGGCCUGGGUAGCAUGUUUAAAAAACUAUGCGAAGUUUCGGCUCACAUACGGGUUUCGAAUUUCUGCUAUAAUGCUUCAUUUUCGUUUGAUGAAAAAAAUGCUGGAGUCAUUUUAGAAGAAGAUACCGAAGCAUGUGAUUUUAAUGGUUACGAACAAUAUAUAAUAGAUCAUCCUUUUAUUUUUAUGGUAACUAGUGAGACAAAUUUUAUUCAUAUCAUUGGUAAAUUUAGUAGUAAAUAAAGUUUUGAGAAAAAA